AUCGUGUCAUUGGUUCAUUGAAAACGCGCCAUUCCUCCGAGCGCUUCAUGGCACAUCUCGUUCAUUAUUAUCCUUCCGGUUAACGCGGCGGCAUUACAUAGUGGUCGGAUCCGCGAGAAUGAAGCGUAACCCACUGGUGACUUCCUCGCGCAGGAAGAACAGGAAGAGGCACUUCACAGCGCCUUCCCACAUCAGGCGGCGGCUCAUGUCCGCACCUCUGUCCAAGGAACUGCGACAAAAGUACAAUGUACGGUCCAUGCCGAUCCGUAAGGAUGAUGAAGUGCAGGUAGUACGUGGUCACUACAAGGGCCAACAAGUAGGAAAGGUGGUCCAAGUAUACAGGAAGAAGUUUGUCAUAUAUAUCGAGCGAAUUCAGCGUGAAAAGGCAAACAGUGCCAAUGUAUACGUUGGUAUUGAUCCUUCCAAGACGGUUAUUGUUAAGCUGAAAAUGGACAAAGAUCGUAAGAAGAUCAUCGAUAGGCGAAGCAAGGGCAGGCUGGCCGCGUUGGGCAAGGACAAGGGUAAAUAUACGGAAGACGUGACGGCCGCUAUGGAGACAUCGUAAAUUUUGCUAUUUUAUGGUUUAUCAGAAUAAAAUAUUAAGAACAAA